UUUUGCGGUUGGGAAAAUAUACAAGGAUCUACCCUAGAUCAAUUUGAUUGGACUCUGUGGAACGGCAGUACACCAAGUAGGAAUACAGGGCCUUCUAAAGAUCACACCCGUGGAACAUCGAAAGGUUUUUACAUUUACAUAGAGGCAUCAAAUCCACAGAAACGAAAUUAUCGCGCCAGGUUAGCAAGUCCUUUGGUGAGGGCUGAAAGAGUGUGUAUUGACUUCUGGUAUCAUAUGUAUGGGGCAAACAUGGGUUCGCUUCGAGUAAUCUACAAGAAUCCAAAAACCGGAAGAGAACGGCGAUUAUGGCAUAAAUCGAGAAACCAACUCAAUGGAUGGCUCAAUGAGCGACUUCUCGUCUCAUCAGCCUUGCCUUAUCAGAUUAUAUUUGAGGCCGUCCGAGGAAGAGGAUUUUCCAGUGACGCAGCACUAGACGAUAUCAAGGUAUCCAGUGGUAAUUGCCCUUCCAAAAGUACCGAAACAGCUCAAAAUCGGUGUAUCGGUGACCGGUCCAAAUAUUGCAAAGCUGCACUGCGUCUUGACAGGUGUUCUUCCAGGCUAUGGGGGCAGAUUUGCUGCAAGACUUGCGAAAUAUAUACACAGAGUGGACAGAAAUAAUCUCUUCCUUCAGCAAUACAGCAAAUAUUGUUCGAUCAAUUGCCUGUUUUGUGCCUACUCCACAUGCAUUCAGUGCUACGGAUGUAGAAUACAAGAUUUUCAUAUGAUGAAAACGAAUAUCUGUAGAGUAUAAACUGAGAAAUAAUUAUAUGAAAGGCAGCUAGGGAUAUUUAUCCAAAUUGUAAGCAUUUAAAAGGCCUCAUUCAAUUGAAAUUACCGAAUUAUAUAAGUAUAUUCUGUUAACGAUUUUCAAUAACCACAAUCUUUCUGUGGAAGUUUAUCAAAUUUAGUUUACUGACAUGGAAGGGAGGCACAAUUUAAGAAUUUCUUCUGGUUGGAAAGUCUUUUUGCCUUGAAUGACUGCAUGGUUCAAUGCAUGUGCAGAUGUAUAAACAGGUAGACUUAUGUCAUUGCUGCAGAAAUUAAAACCAUUAUUACUUUAGCUGCCCUCUUAAGAUGCAGGGGGUGUCAUAUCAAAGGAUACUGUUAAGUGUCCAUAGUUAGAUAGGCUUCAAUUCAGUUUUUUAAAUGAUCCACCCAUGAGGCAAGAAAUGCAUGCUCAUGAAACCUAGCAUCUAACCUAAUCAAACAGGACAUGAUGCUUACCUGUUAUGGACUUGUACAACAUUUGUAGCCCUAGGUGGAGGAAAAUUAUGCACAUCAACAUUGUAUAGACUGGUUUUUAUAGGUCAUAUAAAAAUGGGAACAAUUAAAAUGCUAUCAAAAGGAUGUAGAAA